AUGACAGUGAACCGGAAGCGGACAGGCAGAGAGCUUUGUAGGGUGGUGCGCUUGUUGUGGUUGUGGUUGCUCGGUGUCCUGUUGGUGGGAGGUCGUGUGACGUCAGAAGGACCGGAAACCGGUACCGGUGGUGUUGCGGUCGCAUCAGUAACUACGACAACUCCACCCAUAAGGCUGACCGGUGAGCUUCCGGAAGGGUUAGCCAACAUCGUGCCGCAGGACGCGAAUGACUCGCUGCGACAGCCAGAUCGAGAGGAUCAACCGGUUCCGGGUGGACCGGAAAGUGACCCCAUGCCGGUGGUGGAGCUAAAACGUGGCCAAUGUCGCUGCUGGAACUCAACUGAGGAAGCGUUGGGUGAGGUUCAGUGCCGGUGCCUGGGCCAGACGAUAGUCCGCGUGCCCCAGAAGCUGACCGGUAUGCAGCGGCUUACGCUCGAGAAGGUGGGCAUCAAGCGGUUGCGUACGAACGCACUGACGGUGUACGCCGACACGCUGCAGGACCUGUUCUUCAUCUACCUGCGGGAGUUUCAUCGCAUCGAACCGGCCGCCUUCGCCCGGUUGCGGCAUUUGCGGACGUUGUACAUCGCGCACGCACCCAAACUUGAGUUCCUGCCGUCGGACGUGUUCGAAGGCAUCUCGACGAAGCUUAAGACUCUACGAAUUAUAAACAGUGGACUGCUGGCCGUACCGGAUCUGCGCGCUCUGUCGGAUCAUAUCAUAAUGCACAUGGUCGAUUUGGAUGGAAAUCAGAUUCGGGAAAUAUACGAACGAUCAAUACAACUGAAGACUGACGAGCUAAUCCUCGAUAAUAACGCCCUCACUGAGAUUCACGGCUCAGCGUUUCAUGGCUCCGAAAUAGCCACGCUGAGCAUAAAACUGAACCUGAAGCUGAAAGACAUCCACGAAAAGGCCUUCGUUGGGAUCAGCAACAUACGCGAGCUGGACCUUUCCGGAACGGCUAUCGAAGAUCUGCCGACCGAAGGGCUGGGCGAGCUAGAAGUGCUGCGCAUACAGCAAACGCAUUCGCUCAAAACCAUUCCAUCAGUGUACAAUUUUAAGAACCUGCGGAUCGCUUACCUGACCCAUUCCUUUCACUGCUGCGCGUUCAAGUUUCCCGCUCGUCACGAUCCCGACGCCCACGAGCGCAACCUAAAGAAGUUCUACGAAGUGCAGCAGCAGUGCAUCGCAAAUGGCUACUCAACACCCCGCAUCAAGCUCGAGGUGGCCUCGAGUGCGGAAACACCGGCCGCCUCCGAUGGGGGUGUCCUUGAACAAGGACGAAGCCGUCGGGCGGCAGACUUUCGCCGUUGGUUCCGGCUUUCAUCGAGCGACGAGAGUGAUACGCGUUCGGUCAGCAAUGGUGUGCUGCAGAAAGGCAUCGAUCUGUCGGAAAAGCGCAUGGGUGAGAUAGUGGAUGAUAACUAUCUGCUGCCCAUCACCGGACUGCCGGUGGACGAGGAAAGCGAGCUGGCCAUGGCUGGCGGUGGUCUGUACACGGAAAACUCAUUGCUGGGCGAGUUUCACGAGACCGUUGCGCACAUCUCGUCGAUGGAGGCGUUGUGCGGUAACUUGACACCGAUGAUUUUUGACGUAAAGUGUUUCCCAAUACCAGACGCGCUAAACCCGUGCGAGGACGUCAUGGGCUCCCACUGGCUGCGAGGAUCCGUGUGGGUGGUGGUGUUGCUGGCCGUGUUUGGAAACGUGGCCGUGGUUGUGGUGCUUUUCUCCAACCGCAGCGAUCUGACGGUGCCCAAGUUCCUCAUUUGCAACCUCGCGUUUGCUGACUUGUGCAUGGGUUUGUACUUGCUGCUGAUCGCUUCGAUUGACGCACACUCGAUGGGCGAGUACUUCAACUAUGCGUUCGACUGGCAGUACGGCGUUGGCUGCAAGGUGGCUGGUUUUCUGACCGUAUUCGCCAGCCACCUGUCAAUCUUCACGCUCACGAUCGUGACGGUGGAGCGAUGGUUCGCGAUCACACACGCAAUCUAUCUGAACCGACGCAUCAAACUGUCGGCCGCCAUGUACAUCAUGAUUAUGGGCUGGCUGUACGCAUUCACGAUGGCAUCGAUGCCACUGUUCGGCAUUAGCAACUACUCGUCAACUUCGAUCUGCUUGCCGAUGGAGACACGCGAUAGCUGGGAUAUCGCUUACCUGCUCACGGUGCUGGUCGUGAAUGGGUGCGGGUUCGUCGUGAUCGUCAUCUGCUACGCCCAGAUCUAUCUUUCGCUUGGGAAGGAGACACGUCAGGCAACUCGAUCGGCGCACAGUGGUGAGAUGACGGUCGCCAAGAAGAUGGCCCUGCUGGUGUUCACCAACUUCGCUUGUUGGGCACCGAUCGCGUUCUUCGGCCUGACCGCCAUCGCCGGGUAUCCACUCAUCGGUGUCAGCAAAUCGAAGAUCCUGCUGGUGUUCUUUUAUCCGCUUAACUCGUGCGCGAACCCGUACUUGUACGCGAUCUUGACCGUGCAGUACCGGAAGGAUCUCUUUUCGCUGCUAGCAAACUACGGGAUCUGCACGCAACGAGCCCAGAGAUACAAAAUGACCUAUUCGAUACCAACCAACACAUUCCCGGUGGCAGUGGUGCGAGGAUCCUUAAACCACAGCAGCUGCGCCAACGGAACACUGUCCUCGUCAGCUGGGAUAGCUUCCGCCUCCCGAGCUAACACGGAUACGAUCACAACCACCGUCACGUGCGGUAGCGUGAUGUUAAGCAACAAUAGCACACACAGCUCCGCCACGGGUGGAAACCCAGCUAACACAGGCACAAAUGGGACGAACGACGUGCCGAGUGUGCUACAGGAUGAAACAUUUCUGUAAGCCAAUCGCAUCAAAUUGCUCCAGGUGCUCGCGCUCUCUCACACUCACUGCUCGGGAAGCCCUCGUCGAACUGUUGCAUUUACGCGCUAUGUACGGUGUCAUGUGUGGAAUCUCUGUGGAACUUUUUCGCUGCAUUGUGUAUGGGUUUGCAAACUACAAAAGCACACACAUCAUGCCAGCGUAGUAAAUCAAAAUUAAGCCUAAAGUUUAGAGGUGUUUUAGCAGGAUGCAUUUGCAAGCGAUUGGUAGUAUUGAAUACAUGUGAUUAAUGGAUAAUAUCGUAAAUAAACGAUAUUCUGGUGCGUUCAGUGUCAUGAAUAAAUAUACAUAUAUAUUUAAAAUGUCAUCAGUCAUCAAUUUACGAAUGACUUUGAAAUACUUAGUGUAAAACAAUGUAAAUGUAACAUAAAACAGUGCAGCAGCAUUCCAUCUUCGUUUUAGGUUAUGUUUUCGAUGUAUAACAACGUGCAAGGGAUUGCACCGUUUUGCGUUGUACUUAAGACAGUAUGGAAAACAUUAAGAUUACGUUAGGGAGUACUAUAUUAAGCACUAAAAGACAGGCUAAAAGCAGCUUACGUUCAAAUAAGUUGAUGCAGGUCUUGAUUUACUUCGGCUGAAUGGUGCCCUCGAUUUACUUAAUAUCAU